AUACAGGAAAAAUGGUCUCCAAAUGUUUUAGAAAUCCAUGUGUAUUAACAGGAGGGGCGGACCAAAUAGUAGAAGAAAUCGAAUGUUGCCAAGAUGUAUUCCUUGACAAUGUUUCACUUGACAACAAUAUUGCAAGAAACACGGCGUUAAAAGAAAACGUCUUCAUGAUGGUUGUUUGCAUCGAGUUGCGAAUACCACUGUUUCUUGUAGGCAAGCCCGGAAGUUCGAAAUCGCUCGCGAAAACAAUUGUGGCUGAUGCAAUGCAGGGCAAUUGUUCUAAAUUUAAGUUGUUCAAACAUUUCAAACAGGUACAGAUGGUUUCAUUCCAAUGCAGUCCGUUGGCCACUCCGGACGGUAUUGUAGGUACUUUCAGACAGUGUGCUCAGUUUCAAGAGGAUAAGGACUUGAAUACUUUUGUUUCCGUCGUUGUUUUGGACGAGGUCGGAUUGGCAGAGGACAGCCCUCGAAUGCCAUUGAAAACAUUGCACCCACUGUUGGAAGAUGGCUGCCAAGGGGAGGAAGUACCAAAACCAUUCAAAAAGGUAGUCAUUGAAAUGAAAAUAGACUUGUAA